CAGGUUUCAGGUAAGGAGUCAUCAGUGAUAGCAAUAGUGAUACAUUGCAAUGUGGAACAAGGUUGAAAACUUAAAGUGGCCGUGACGGCAGAGUAAUCAGUUACAGAAUCUAAAGAUGGGGAAGUAACAUGUAUAGACUAUAUAUGGUAAUGAAUUUCCAGUCUAGUCCCCACAUGAAUUUUUAUUGUGUGCAGGCACAUUUUGUAUUACAAGAAAAAGCAGUAUGUGACCAU